GUACGUAAAACAUUACAGCAACUCAAGCAAACACACCCUUGUCUCUUCUCUCCGAUACCGAAAAUGCGAGUCACCCUACACCGUCCGAUCAUCUCCUCUCUCUUCUCAUCCCUAUCUCUCCGCCUCAUCUCCACCGUCGAUCACCACCCAAAAACCCUAACACCUCCACCAUCAUUAUCCGAUGAACUCCCAACCCGAACCCGAACCCGAACUCCAUUAGAGAAACAAUUCGAAUCAUGGAUCAACAAUCUCAAACCCGGAUUCACACCAACCGACGUAAACCAAGCCUUAAAAGAACAAACCGACCCGGAUUUAGCCCUAGAUAUAUUCCGUUGGACCGGUCAACAACGUAACUACAAACACAACCACGUCACUUAUUUAACCAUGGUUAAUAUCGCAGUUACAAGUAAGCGUUAUCGCGUUGCCGAAACCCUAGUUGAAGAAGUUCUAGCUGGUGCUUGUCCACCUAGUCUCCCUUUAUAUAAUUCAAUGAUUAAAUUUUGUUGUGGUCGUAAAUUCUUAUUUAAUCGUGCAUUUGAUAUUUACAAGAAAAUGACAAAAUGUGAAGAUGCUAAGCCUUCAUUAGAUACUUAUAAUUUGUUACUGAAUGCACUUUUAAGUAAAUUUAAUAAGUUACACGUUUGUUACGUGUAUUUACAUUCCGUUCGAUCGUUACAGAAGCAAAUGAAGUCUUUCGGGGUGAUUCCGGAUACAUUUGCAUUGAAUAUGAUAAUUAAAGCUUAUUCUAAGUGUCUUGAGGUUGAUGAAGCUAUUCGUGUUUUUCGUGAAAUGGGGUUGUAUGGAUGUGAGCCUGAUGCGUAUACGUAUGGGUAUAUAGCGAAAGGGUUGUGUGAGAAGGGGAGAGUAAAUCAAGGGCUUGAAUUUUUUAAGGAAAUGAGGAAUAAAGGGUUUGUUCCUAAAGGAUCUACUUAUAUGAUAUUGGUUUGUAGUCUUGCUUUGGAGCGUCGGUUUGAGGAUGCCACUGAGGUGGUGUUUGAUAUGUUGGAUAAUUCGUUGUCGCCUGAUCAGCUUACUUAUAAAACUGUGAUGGAAGAAUUGAGUAGGGAAGGGAGAGGAAAUUAUGCGUUUGAACUUCUCGAAGAAUUUAAGAAGAGGGAUAGCUUAAUGAAUGAGAAGACUUACAAGUCUCUGUUGAAUACUUUAUAUUUUUCUAAUCAGGAUUGAGUAUCUAGUUUGAUAUGUUUAUGUUUUCAGUAUUGAUCAAUUGACGUAUGUAAGUGCAUCUUUUGCUCGCCUGAUGGACGAAAAAGUUGUUUAUCAGCAAUUAGAAUUGGAUUUCUGUUCAGAGUCAUCUUUUUCCACCAUAGCACAUAUGAGGUGAAGAAAGCCUUAUCAAUUAAUUUGCAUGCCUAGAUAAUGACAUAGCUGAAUCAUGCCCACUACCUGGUCGAGGGGGCUGCAAUAUGAGUUUUUGGUUCAAGGAAUCAGAGUGAAUUUUCCUUCCGAAACACAGUAUUUUCAGCAUGCUUCUUUAUUUCGUGAAGUUUGGGCAACUGAGUAUCGUUUUCUGCAUUGCGCUUGUGAAGAUGGAUCAUUUUCACUUGGCCGUACUGGAAAGUUUUACAAAGUUGCUGAUUCAGUUGAUAACAAGUACAGAUGAUUAUUCUCUGAAACUGAUGCAAAGUUUUUUCCGGUUGUCAUGUAUAUUUAGAACUAUGUGGAACUAUGAAUCAGAUGCUAAAAUGGAGAAACACGUCACUGAACAGUGAUUGACAGUAAUUGAAGACAAAGUCUGGCCACUUAGAAUUCUUGAUAUAGAUUCAAGUCGAAGAUACUGUUGGGCAUGGAAUGACAGAGUUUCAAGGAAAAAAGAGCCAGAAAUCUCAUGAUGCUGACUAAAAUGAACAAUGCAAUUAAAGGUUGGUCUAAACGGCUGAUUUGUUGGAUACUAUAUUGGUUCUUGCUUAGUGCCUCCAUCAUGCCAGUAGACAGUUGGCUAAAUCAUGAAGUGCUUUUCAUCUGCCUGGAAACUGGUUUAUUGCUGCCCAUAGUUUAUGAGCAACAUGGAGAGUAAGUAUUCAUAUAGCUGAGCUCAACUUGGGAUUGAGACGAAGUAGAUGUUGAUAGUAGGCUUACACCAGGAGCUGGAUGCCUGUUUUAUUAUUCUACUGGCCGACUGUGUGCAAUUCUGAAAAGGUAUUCCUUUUCUCGGACAAAGUUCAGACUCUGAAUUACUAUAUUAUAGUAGUCAUUCUUAUUGUCAAGGAGAUGUUAUUGAAACAUAGUAGAUUUCAACCCUGUAAACAUGAGAACUAUUUUGGAAGCUCAUCCAGCAAUGCUUUAGUGAAAUAAAGACAACGUUGAAGUAAA